AUGGCCCCCGAAAAGCGGAACAAGUUCCUCGAGGCGGACGACAGCGAAGACGACCUCGACCGGGGCUACGACUCGGAGGCCGAGGAGCUGCGCAAGGGUGGCCGCAGCGCCAAGAGGCGCAAGGUCGACAGCGAGGACGAGGACGACUUUAGCGACGAGGAGGCGCAUGACGUCUCUAAGACGGACGACGGCGCAUCAGGCGACGAGGACGGAGACGGAGACGCGGACGACGGCGCCGAGGCCUCGACGUCGAGCAAGAAAAAGUCAAAAACUACGACGGGCCUGGACCUCCCGGAUAUCUCCAAGCCCCUGACGAAAAAGAACCUCGUCGCGACGGAGGAGGCCGUCAAGAAGUCGGGCGUCGUUUACAUCUCGCGCAUCCCGCCCUUCAUGAAGCCGCAGAAGCUGCGGUCGCUGCUUGAGCCCUACGGCCGCAUCAACCGCAUCUUCCUCGCGCCCGAGGACCCGGCGGCGCACGCGCGGCGCGUCAAGAACGGCGGCAACAAGAAGAAGUCAUACACGGAGGGCUGGGUCGAGUUCCUGCGCAAGCGCGACGCCAAGGCCGCGUGCGAGCUGCUCAACGCCCGGACGAUUGGCGGCAAGAAGGGUAGCUACUACCACGACGACAUCUGGACGCUCAAGUACCUCAAGGGCUUCAAGUGGCACCACCUCACGGAGCAGAUCGCCGCCGAGAACGCCGAGCGGACGAGCAGGAUGCGGGCCGAGAUCAGCAAGGCCGGCAAGGAGAACAAGGAGUUUGUGCGCAACGUCGAGAGGGCGCGCGUGCUGGACGGCAUCGCGGCGACCAAGGCGAAGCGCGGCGGGAAGCAGGGGGAGGACAAGGCGGACGGGGAGGGGCCCGCUUCGGGCUCGGGCGCGGCGGCAGGCACGGACACGGGCGCCCAGCCGGACAAGAGGCGGACGGUGUUCAAGCAGAUACCCUUGGCGGACAGGAAGGGCGACGCUUCCUCGGGCGGCAAACCGGCCGGAGAUGUGGCGCGGGUGCUCGGGAAAAUCUUCUAA